CGGUAAGUCAGGGCUCCAGAAACAUCAGAUGCUUAAACGAAAAUCAAGAUGGGAUCAGAAAAGAAAAGCAGAGCUGCUUGCCAACAAAGAUGAUGAUGGUGGUGACUUGGAUGGAUUUGCUCACGAGCUGUUGGAAGCUGAGAUGGAACCUAAAAAACCCAAACUUAUCGCAUUACGAGAAACUGAUAUAGCCACAGCCAUCAUAUCGGCAAAAGCAAAAAAAUGGCAGCAGUUUGUUAAAAGACAUAAAGAAGAUUCUUCAUCACUUUCAAAGAAAUUUGAAGGUUGGAGGGAAACCUUUGCACCGUUAAAGAGACUAAAAGAACAGUCGCGGUCAAGCAGUGUUGAUUCUGAAGAUAACAUUGUGCCAAAGAAAAUUUUAGAUGAUGAGAUCAAAGCUGUUAAUUCACCACAGUCAUCUGGAUCAACCUGUUCCAUUCUCGCUGACACGUCUUUAGAGGUUUUGUCCUAUGCUAGAGAAAUGAUCCUCCAGGAGAUGAAAAAUCUUCCGAAUCAGACUGACGAUCUUGAUGAUGCGAGGUCUGAAUGUUCUGGAGAAGUUUCAACAUGUGGUGCAGAUGUGCCAGAUUUUGAGACCAAGCACAAAGUGGAAGACAGCAAUCCAGUUUGUACAGCAAAGUCCUCCCAUGCUGAUUCCUUAGCAAUUAACCUUUUGAGCACAAAUAAAAAAAUUGGGAAAGACCAGAAAGAACGUGUCAAAAAUAAAGAUCAGGACUUGAAGUCUGAAGCUGUUCUGACAGAUAAAAAAACAGAAAGUGAACAAAGUUGUAGUGAUAAACAAGAUAAUGCUGACAGUCUGAAUUCAAACGAAGAGCUGGCAGGUCCAUCACGGAGUGCAGAUGGUAACUGUUCAGACUUGAGAGGAGAUGUCCCAAAGAAUGCUGCUUUGAUGACUAGUGAACGUAAAAAUGAACAGUUCAGCAUUUCGACAGUGACGGAAGAAGAAGUGUCCAGCCUAACAGAUAUGAUUUUAAAACACAUAAAAGAUUCUUCAGAAAAGGCUCACGCAGACGCUCAAGCUUCAGAAGAUAAUAUUUUUGCAACAAACAACUGUGGAAACGGUGUUGAAAAGAACAUAGAAUGUAAAGAAAAGCUGGGAUCGAACUUGGCAAAAGAUGAAAGGAGAGAAGUGCAAGUAGAUCAGAAGGUUGUGAGCUCUCGCUCCAAGGGUAUGCAUACAACGUUACCUCAAGGGGGUCAGAUGUGGAGCAGUAUGUUGAUGUCUGAUGAGAAACAAUGCAUCUCUAUAGAAUCACUCAGUCAGAACCGUAUCGACAGACUACUUGCUUGCCGGGCUGAGGACAAAAAGAAAGGGACAAGACCAGAACAUGUAACUACCCGUUUACCUCUGCAGAAAUUUGAAGAUUGUACAGACAGCCGUGUAACAAGCUUGAAUCAGUCGUUAGAGAUUGCUGAAAAGUCUUCGAUAACAAGUCGUCAGACAACUGCUGUGCAUAAGAACCUUCAAAACGUGCAUAAUUCUCAGCAUACAGGUAAAUUUAAACGUCUGUAUCCCAAUGGGAUUACUCAGGAUACCUCAGAAAUCGACACAAAUGAAGGUGCCCGCAAAUUGCUAGAAGUUGAAGCGAAGUGCACAAAAGUGGACAUAAUUGAAUGUGCACACAAAACUGUUGUACAGAAACAGAGAAUGAUAGCGAAACCAGAACAAGUUGGUCAUGUCGAGAAAAUGUUACACAUACCACUUGAACAAUCGUUCGACACUUUCCCAGUUGACCAGAUAGAGAUUGAACUGGGGCUAAUUCAGGAGUGCUUAAAUCUGCUUGAGGCAAUGCAAAAGAAACAAAAUGACAUCCCUUUGCCAGAUGUAGACUGGGCGUGCAAUGCACAGAGUGGUUCUCAUAGAGGACAGCAGCUGAUUCAGCGAUCCUGUCUGUCUCCAGAUACUUUUAAUGUUGUUCGCAAGAGCCUUUGUGAUGUAGCCAGUGACUUUGAUGAAUCCAUUGCCCAUACCAAGAAUGGGAACAUUGGUCGCAAGCACCAGAGUUUACCGAGAGCGCUCUUGCUCCCGGACGAGCUUGAUACUUGUUGUACACAGGAAGGCAAUGCUUUGAUUCUUCUCGAGAGUAUCCCACCAAAUUCCUUCAAAAGACUUCAGCAACUUCAUCAAGUCCUUGUAAAGAGUAUUUUUAAGAGUCGACAGUUUGCUUCAGGUGUCACUCAGGAGAAGCAACGACAAAAGGACUUAAGAAGGAACCGCUCCACUCUUCUCAUGCCAUUCACAGGUCGAUUCAAUUUUAAACGUCUUCAGAAACUGAAGAGCACCGUAUACCACUAUGAUAACUGCCGUGCUCACCUGGAACGUGUACUUGGUGCUGAGAGCUUGUCUAAGAUGACUUUUUUCCUGGCCAUGCACCAGGCAGUGAAGAAACACUUACAGAUUACACAAAAGGAAAUGGCUAAUUCUGCUAUCUUUGCGAACGCGUGAAGACACAUCAGGGAGCUUCAUCAGCAGUGUUUGCAUACCAGGUCUUCGUUGUUGUUCUUGGCAGCGCAGGUCUUGCGGCUCAUUUACAUGGGAGACAUUUUUAUCAUUAAGCCAAUAAUAGCUUUUCCUCUAUGUGCUUGUUUUUUUUGCAUUCAUGGUUUUGAAGAUUUAACUUCUUUUUUGUGUACCUGCCAGACAGCCUGCAAGUGUGUGCGCCUGUGCGUGCAUGCGUGUCGAUUGCAUAAUGUGUGGUUUGCGUCGAGGGUUUGCCCUUCUGUCGUGAUUUCAGACAUAAUAUACUGCAGUUAUUAUUACCUGACGAAAUCCUGUAUUUACAAGACUGUAUGCGCUUACCUACAUGAUAUGGUUUCAUUAAACAAGUUUCUGGCUUGUAUGCAUAUCGGCAUUACUGUUUAUUUUGUUGCACAGUAAUUUCAUUUGUUACUGUUAUGAUGUUUGAGUGAUUGUGAAAUGGCAUCGUUAAGUUUUAGGCCAUUGGCAUCUAUGCACGAGAGUCCGGAUAAGGCCAGUGAAACAUUGAUGUGAAAUGUUUUGACCAGUAUCAUAUCUUCCUGUGCAGUCUGCUGUAACGACGAGUGAUGCUAUAACUGAAAAUUGAUGUCGAGUGCAUGUGCUUUGCUGCUGACUAGUUUUCAAACUAUGUUCUUGCAAACUGCUGUUGGCCAUAGAGAUUGCCGAAACAAACUAUAUUCAGGAUCCACAAAACGUGUUCAUAUUUUUAUGCUUUUUGUGCUAGGACGUAAGUAGUCCAAGCCUGUUCUCAAGGUUCUGUUUUGAUGGUGUAGUUUUUAUUAGCUUCAUAAAUGUGUUUACAUUGUUAAUGUGACGUUGAAAAUGGCGUUGUGAGGGAUUUUGUGGCAUACACAUUGAUGUGACCUGGCGUGAGUGGCGUUGUGAGGGAUGUCGUGACAUCCAGCCGGGCAUAAAAUGUGAUGCAGUUUUCAAA